AUGCAACAAAUAGUUAAUCAUUUGAUAUAUACAAUAUGUUUAAAAAUUCAACUUUUUCGUUUUCGUUGUUCUAUUGAUGAACCAACUUGCUUAAGUGUUACUACUCUUGGAAAUCUUGAAAAUGAUUGAGAAAAUUGUUCAAUUGAAGAUCAACAUUGUAUUAAUGUUUAUUGUGCAUUUGAAUCCUUAUAUAAACCAAAUUAUCGUGGUUUAUUAGUUAGAAAUGAUCUACCUUACUGUCUUUGUUCGUUUAUUGUAUUCGGUGAACAUUGUAAUAUUGAACAUGAUCAAUGUUUAUCAAAUCCUUGUCUAAACAAUGGUUCAUGUUAUCCAAUUUCAAAACCAGAUACUGUUGCAUGUUUAUGUACUGAAGAAUAUUAUGAUAAAAAUUGUGAAUUGAAAAAGCCAGAAAUUAAAUUGUAUAUUAACGAAACACCAGAAAUUAUUUUAGUUAAACUUUAUUCUUUUCAAAUUGAAUUUUCUGUUCAAUUUUAUUUAAUCUCUGUUCAUAUUGAUCUUACAUCAAUUUAUGCUAUUACUCAAAUAAAUGGGAAAAAAAAUCGAUGUGUUCAUAUUUGUACAUUAAUGUCAAUCAACAGUACUCAAUUGAUUUCAAAUUAUUCUCCAAUAAAAUAUCAUUAA